GUCGGGUGUGCGGCUUUCCAAGCCGUACUCAGUCACUUGGCGUCGCUCGGCGAUAUCGGCAGCAGCAUGUUCAAACUGCAGCCCACACUGGAGGCGGUUCAGGAGAAGUCCGAAACCGGACCGGGCGCUGCAAACCCACCCAAGGCGACCGAGGAGAGCCAGCUGGACGCUAUCAUCGUUGAGAUCGGGCAGUUCGGUCGUUUUCAGAUCUUCAACUACAUUUUGCUCUGCUUGCCAAUCAUCUGCAACGCCUUCUACUCCAUUUCCUUCGUAUUCACAGCCGGUGAUGUGCUCCACAGGUGCAACAUCACUCAGUGCGAUGGCUUGGACACCAGCUAUGACGAAGCCUUCCUCAACUUUACCACCCCACAACGCCACGGGAACUGGGAUCAGUGCCAGCACUUUUCCGUAAGAUCGGAUUUGGUGGGUGAUUCGUCGUGCAACGCCGGCAGUUUCGAUGUGGAUCAGCGCGUCAACUGUGAUGCGGGCUUUAAGUUGAGAAAUGAGGAUAAAACAAUUGCUAGCGAGUUCGGCAUCUUCUGUGCCGACAAAUGGAAGCUAUCGAUGGUGGGCACAGUAAACAAUAUCGGGCAGUUUGUGGGCAUUCCACUGGGUGGUUAUCUAGCCGAUCGAUAUGGGCGAAAAUUCAUAUUGGUCGUCGCAGGAAUCCUCAGUUCCUUUGCAGGACUGGCUCGCUCCCACGCGCCGGAGUACUACAGCUUCCUGAGCCUGGAGUUCCUGGACAUGGCGGUGGGCAGCACGCUUUUCCCCACUGCCUUUCUGCUGGCCGUGGAACUAGUGGGUCCAAAGCACCGCGUGGUCGCCGCCACUGUGAUCAGUUUAACCUAUGGUCUCGCGGAGGCCUUCAUGGGAUACCUGGCCAACUAUCUGCGCGACUGGCGCGUCUUCCUACGGGUGCUUUAUGCACCUGCUCUGUUGCACCUGAUCUUUAUCUGCCUGCUCCCCGAGAGCGUGCGAUGGCUGCUCAGCCAGUCGAAGGAGCUGGACGCCAAGUCCACGCUGCGGAGGGUGGCGCAGGUGAACCGAAAGGAGCUGUCGGAGCAAAAGCUCAAUGAUCUGAUACGCUCGAACCGCCAACUGGUGGCCCAGUCCUCCGCCUCCGGUGGCCACUACAGCAUCCGCCAGAUCUUCCAGGCCCUGGGCUGUCGCACCGCCCUGUGCUGCUUCGCGUGGUUCACGCACACCCUGAUCGCACUGGGCCUGAGCCUGAACUCCACCCAACUAAGUGGCAGCAAAUUCGAGAACUUCAGCAUGACGGGGUUCAUGCAGCUGCCUGGUAUUCUGAUGGCCACCACACUGAUGAACUGGAUUGGAAGACGUUGGGCGCUCAGCUCCUGCCAAUUCACUUGUGCAGCCCUGCUCCUGGCAGUGGCUGCUACGGACGAAGUGUACCCUCUGGCCUCUUCGAUUCUUUAUUUCCUGGCAAAAAUGACGUCCACGGGAAGCUUCAUGAUCCUGUACUUCUUCACUUCUGAGAUCUUUCCCACGAACUGCAGGAACAGCAUGCUCUCGUUUUGUUCCAGUGUGGGUCGCUUUGGCUCUAUGCUGGCCCCCCAAACCACUCUUCUGAUCGUUCACUACCAGUAUGCUCCCCACUUACUUUUUGCCCUAUUCGGAUUUACUUGUUCGGGGAUGUCCUUGUUUUUCCCGGAGACAACCAACAAGGUACUGCCCACCACGCUGGCCGAAGCACGUGCCCUGGACAAGAGUAUACCUAGGGGAAAAGUUUCGAAAAGUGCUGCCUAAUCGUAAACGAGCCAUUAUCGCGUCUACAGUAUCGGUGAUCGGAGACAUCGGAGCGUGUGAUUUUUGAUGACCAACAAAGUUGCAAGUCAAAUUUGAGCAAUAAACAUUCUGGAAAUUCAAGAAGUCAUCGAACACUUUAACUGGGCGCAUAGUUGGGUCGAUGACAUCAGAUGAGUGUGUAUAGUACAAUCAUAUAUUAAGUAAAAGUUUCAAUAAAACUUAAGACUUUUAAAAUGUUAUUAA